CUCAAUAAGAAUUAAGUCACACAACCUUUUCCACAAAUGCACAUGUUCAUUCGGAAAUCCACACUCUGUGUUUCACAAAUAUAAUUCGGAGGAACACAAAUGCACACGCUCAUUCGGAAAUUCACACUCUUUGACACAUAAAUAUAAUGUGAAAAAAUAACUCACGCAACAUUCUCCACAAAUGCACACGCUAAUUCUGAAGUUCACACUCUGUGGUUCACAAAUAUAAUUUGUAAGAACACUUGUAAUAUAAACUCACAGAUCAUACGAAUUGCUGAAUGUGCAUUUACGAACAGCUUCUCAUUUGUGAACCUUUCUGCGUUUGUGAGUGAAAUCUGUGUGGUGCAUUCACGGACAGCUUCUCAUUUGUGAACCUUCCUGCAUUCGUGAGAGAAAUCGGUGUGCUGAAUUUUGAGACUCUCCUAACGUCGCAGGCCAACAAACGUCACCAUUGGUUAAUGAAUCUGUCAAUCAAAUAUAUGAUUCCACCAGGGCGGUUCGCUUUCAGCCAAUCAUAUGGCUCCUUAUGUUACGGAACAGAUCUGCUGUGCGCAUGCACAUUGCAGCUCACACGGCAGAGCGGGAUGGAUCGGUCACAAUCUGAACUGUCACCUUUGGUGAUUCGUACAGCUCAAGCCUUAUGUGAUUUAUUGGGCAACAAGUUAUCAUUGGCCCCAACUUCCUCACAAGGGACUGGCCAGAGUGCAGGUCAGAGCAUGCCAGUUUUGGCAGUAGGCAGCGGCCAAAGUACUGCUCUUAGUGCACCUGCUGUUCCCAGUGCUCCUACAGUGAGGCAGGCCUUGAAAAGGCCAUUUCCACACAUCUUUAAUAAACCUACUGAUCAGCCAAGGGGGAAAAGACGAUUCUGCGCUCCUACCACUUCUGUUGUGAAAACAAAUAACUUUCAUGUAUAUGUCCUUCCAAGACCCUCUGAAUUCACACCAAAGGGCUCAGCAGAAGAACUACAGCUUGCCACUGCUGGUCUUGGGAAAAGGAUUAUACGUCUGGCAGAGAACUGGGGACACAGUGAUAUUGAAGCUCAACUUUGGAAGGAAUUUCCCAAACUGAAGAGCUUGAAAGGAGGCUGGAUGUUUUACAAGUCCACAGGGGGUAGUGGACGUCGCAAGCUGACAUCAAUUUUACAAGGCCCUGAGGGAUACACUUUUGAGACACUCAAAGGGGCAUCCAGCAAUGGCAAGAACACUUUAUUUCUAGCUCCACUACAAGAACAGCUGUCUAUCGAACCCCUUCCUUAUGACUCUCCAGAGUUUGCCAACAUGCCAAAGGCAAAAUGCAUGAAAUGUGAAAGUCUAAUGCCAUUGCAGCUGCUACCUUUACAUGUGGAGGAAUGCAAUGUGGAUGAAUUUGAGUCAUCUCCUGAUGAAGACUGCACAGUUAUUGAGGAGCCAGGUCUCUGUUCUACAGCUGUCUCAGACCUUCCUACCACUGAGACUGGAGAAUCCACAAAGAUGGGAGAAUGUGCUGAAAUGGAAGAGUCGUGUGGGGUUUGCCCAAUCUGUCAAGCAGCAUACCCAGUUGAUGCCCUUCCAUUCCAUGCCAGCACAUGUGGUGAAAGAAUGGACAUUGCUGCCACUACGCGCAGGGAAGCAGCCAGUCUGACAAGUGUUGAUGAAUUGCCAGGACCUUCAUUUCUAAGAAUGUCUACACCACCAUCACCUGCUGACUGGGAGAAAGAAGAAGACCCCAAGGAAGCAUGUCAGUUGUUCCGACAACAACUGCUGGAGCGCAACUCAAAACAUCACCACCUCUUGCUGUCAAUCAACAUGUUUGAUUCUGAAGAUGACAAGGACAGUUCCUUUAUAGAAUUUUACAAAAGGAAUAAUAUCAACUGGGCAGCUCCUUUCAAAUGCACACUGACAGGAGAUGCAGCAGUUGGUGAAGGUGUGAGACGACAUGUUUUGUCAAUGGCAAUGCAGAAAUUGAAGACUGGUUUCAGUAUUAAUUUAGGCUCUGCUAGUGUUACACCCCUUUUCGAAGGGGAAAGGGAUCAUCAUGUUCCCUCAGCUGCUGGUGUGCUUCGGGAAUGCAAGCUGUUUGAGAUGGCGGGUCGAAUUCUCGGACAUAACUUCAUCCAUGGUGGGUCUGGUUUUCCAGGACUCAGUUUGGCUGUUGUGAAUAUGUUAACUGGAGGGCAGAUUGAAACCGCAGCAGCAGCUCUGACUCUAGAGGAUGUUGCUGAUCUUGAUCAUCGUGAAACUAUUGGUUUGCUGCAGAAAGAAGAACUGACUGCAGAAGAAAUCAGCAGGGUGACUGAUCUUUGCCUGUCUUGGUAUCUACCUACUCCAAACCCCACCAAUCACCACUGGCUGUUCCAGUUGAUGCUUUCAAAAACUGUACUUCACCAUGGUAUACAGCCUAUUAAACAGAUCAGGAAAGGCCUGAAAGAAACUGGAAUCUGGCCACUUCUUUCCGCCAGACCAGAUGUCCACUCCAUACUUUUCCCAAGGGAGUCAAGUGUGGAACUUAGCUCACAAACCAUAAUCGAGAGCAUUCGCUGGCCACAGCCUACAUGUGAUAGUGAUGAGGAGGACGACCCUGUUCCAGUGGAUAACAUCAGUACAGUCACAGGAUUUUUGAGGAAAUUCAUUGAGGAAGCAUCACCAGAUGUACUCUGUGACCUCAUGAGGUUCUGGGUUGGGUGGGAGCAGCCAAUGAGUAAACUCUAUGUCAAGGUUGUACGCUCAAUCUACCCAGUGGCUCACACCUGCUUGUACACAUUGGAGCUUCCUGGUCACUACCAGACAUAUACAACAUUCCACCAGGACUUGAUGAUGGCUCUCAAAUCCAUCAGCUAUGGCUUUGGGAAGGUGUAAUGCAAAUGUAAGUCAUGGUGUUGAAAUCUGAUACUUGCCAAAAUAUGCAUAGUUGUUCAUGUAACAGAUAAGAGCCUUCAGUUCUGGCUUUGUUUAGCUGUUGGUAAGGUCUUGCACUUGUCCCUUUUAAAAAGUCUGUUUUGUUUAACUUCCAUUGUUAAGGCACUUUCAAACUGUGGUGCCCUAAUGUUUUGAAGCAGGUCCACUAAAAUGUAUUUCAUUUUUGUACUCUGCAAUUCAGGUAUGUUAAAUAAACACUGUUAGUGUGUAUUGUAUAGUGUAUACAACUGACACACCACUAGUUUACUGUAUUGUUGAAAUGCAAUAAAGUUUUGUUAAAGACUUUGUCCUGCUGUAUAUUACUGUUACACCUGAUGUUGCGAGCAGAAAGCAUACAAAGUUGUGGGUCUGGCCCUCCCAUAAAUCCCCAUAAAAGUGCCAACCUCUUUUCUUUGGCUCUUCUGGAUGUCUACCAAAACCAACCUUUUACCUUAUUAGUGUUGUUAUUGUAUUUAACCACAUAAACACUAAAUACUUACUUAAAAUUUUACAAAAGAUUAUUUUAAAUAACAUUUCAUUCUAAAUGUUGGGCUGCAUCAGGUGGCGCAGUGGUUAGCACUGUUGCCUCGCAGCAUGGAGGUCGCAGGUUCGAAACUCGGCUGCGGCCUUUCUGCAUGGAGUUGCGUGUUCUCCCCAUGCAUGCGUGGGUUUCCUCCGGGUACUCCGGUUUCCCCCACAGUUCACAACAUGCCCUAUAGGUUAUAAAUUGUAAGUCGCUUUGGAUAAAAGCGUCUG